AAUAUGUGCGAUAAUGGAUUUAAAUUUCACUAAAAAUGAUUGUUUAAAUUUUGGAUAACGUUAACAGAAAAGGUGUUAGGAAAUGCGCUUAGGGGGCGCCUCCAGUGGUGGCGAAACCCCCCUGGCAAUGGGCACAGGCAACGAUUACGCAGAACUAAGCGAGCUUGGGCCAUCAAGAUGGAGUUCAUCGUCGCGCGGCGGCAUAGUUGGCGGAAGCAGCGGUGCAUAUCCGCCGCCCUCCGCAAUCUAUCAACCCAGCAGUACAGCGAGUACGAGUCGCAUACGCUCGAACAGCUUCGAGGCGGAAGACGUGAUCGGGCCGUACGGGAGUGCUCGCGUCGCCAACAGCACAAGUUCGCUGCGCGGAAGAACGGGACUCUACUAUUCGCCGCCCGGCACGUCAUACACAAUUGUCGAGAGAGAAAGAGAUCGCCCAUUUUCGCCGCCCUAUUAUUAUAACACAGCGGGAAGUGCGCCAACCAAAGGCAGUUCGCUGCCCAGCAGAUCGAGUUACUUGGAGCCAUCGAGCUUGAGUGCGUCGGGCGGCGUCACAAAUUCCGCACGACAUUCCGCAAGCAACAACAACAACGCGAAAAAACGACCCAUUUCGCCGGAACAAAUUCUCCGCAUGUUUAAUACGACAACCUCAUCACAAUCAGUUCCUACAAAUUAUCAUAGCAGCAAUGGCACACGCGAUCGCGGAAGACGAAGUCCUGCGAGUAGUCCGCCAUCGACGACACAUCAAUUAUAUCAUCGUGAUAGAAGCAUUCCAUCUUCCGUUCAUCCAUCUCAGUUAGCGACACGAACAGUUACGAUGUCACGCGAUCAGCAACCAGAUGGAAGUCAUGGGUUUGGAAUUUGUGUGAAGGGCGGCAAAGAUUCAAAUAAAGGUCACGGAGUUUACAUCUCACGAAUUGAAGAAGGCUCCGUUGCCGAACGUGCUGGAUUAAGACCCGGAGAUACGAUAUUAGAAGUUAAUGGAACACCAUUUACUAAAUUAACACACGAGGAGGCCUUAAAGAGAUGUGUGCAGAUAUUGAAAUCGUCGCGGGAAAUCAGUAUGACUGUGCGAGCGCCAUCCUCAAGUAUGUUCAACUCAACCGGGCAAUUGCACGGAUUUGGACCGCCGCCGCGUGCAGCACCAAUCGAUUCAACAUAUCUACCCCCACCUAAUCGACAAACAUGUUCAUGGAUGGAUCGUCAUGGUCGUCCAGCAUCACCGCCUUAUGAAUAUGGAGGCCGAAGGCCCGAUAGACGAGAUAGAGUGAGACGUGUAGACUUAUUAAUAGAACCUGGUCAAUCAUUAGGGUUAAUGAUACGCGGAGGCGCCGAAUAUGGCUUGGGUAUUUUCGUGACUGGCGUAGAUAAGGAUAGCGUAGCUGACAGAGCUGGUUUAACGAUCGGCGAUCAAAUACUCGAAGUGAAUGGUCAAUCAUUUUUGGAUGUAACGCACGACGAAGCCGUGAGUCAAUUUAAAUUCCACAAACGGAUGACUCUGCUAGUUCGUGACAUUGGCAAAGUACCUCAUUCGUGUACAACAAUUGAACCGGAGCCAUGGGAUGCGUACAGUCCAACAGGUGCUCGAACACGCAGGAAAUGUCCUGUCUCGGCAAUGGUCGAAGAAAAAGCACGGUCAUUAUUACCUCGGCAACACUUUGCCAACCUUUCAUAUUAUAUUGCUGAAUACGGUGCUAGAGGAAUGAACAUAGAGGCCUUUGUAUCUGUAUUAUUAGAAAUGUUAGAUACGCCAGAAAAGCAUACAUUAGUAACUGAAAUAAGAGAACUCAUUUUUCCUGAAGACCGAACGAGAUAUGAUGAACUCGUUUAUCGAAGGGGUCGAGGCGGUGAUAUUUAUGUAGAUCCCCUUGAUAGGCAUAGAAGAAAAGGAGAUCAUUUAUCUCAUCCUCAUGACAUUCCGGUUUAUCUGAACGACGGUAGACCAAGGAGAGGCAGCGAAACGCAAUUAUCUAGAUCAGAAUACGACUCGGAUCAGGGAAGCUACUUAGACGGCAUUCGUUCACAGAUAGGUGGUUUAACGCAACGAGUCAAAUCUUGGUACUGGGGCCGACCUCUCGAAUUAGCAACAAAAUUGUCAAGAAGUUUUGAUUUAAAAGAAGACACUGGCGCAUUUAUUGUGGAUCAUAAGGCAAUAGGUGUCAGACGACAUCAGUCCAUGCAAAGACUUCCGAUGGAGCAAAAUGGAAUGGGAACGGAUCCAAAUAUAGAUCAAGCAGCACAUAUUGUACCUGAUCACAAUGGAAAUUUACGUAUUACUGUUAGGAAAAGUAAACCUAUUUUAGGUAUCGCAAUUGAAGGAGGUGCAAAUACAAAACACCCAUUACCUAGGAUUAUUAAUAUUCAUGAACAUGGAGCCGCAUUCGAUGCUGGAGGCUUGGAAGUAGGUCAAUUAAUAUUGGAAGUUGAUGGAAAUAAAGUUGAAGGAAUGCAUCAUCAGGACGUUGCUCGACUAAUAGCGGAAUGUUUUGCCCGACGUGAUAGACACGACAUUACCUUUUUAGUUGUGGAAGCGAAGAAAUCAAAUUUAGAACCAAAGCCAACAGCACUCGUCUUUUUGGAGGCAUAACAUUUGCUUUCCCUGCCGGCUAGCGAUCCCGGACCACGAAGAACGCAUCAACGAGGGAUCGACCUUACCGCGGAUAAGUUUUCGACAGCACACCAAUACCAACAACAUCAGCAUCACGAAGUACAUUUACAACAUCCACGUCAUCCACACUAUCAACAACGUUCUCACAGUCAGCACCGAGAUUAUCCUCGAGACCAUUUGCUACACAUUGAGCCGCCGCUGACGACAACAACUGCAGCGGAAAUUCCCAAAGCGAGUACAAAACGCGGUCUCCCCGGACUCAAUACUGACUACAUUCUGCCGAAAGAUGAAUAACUGUUUCUGCACCAUUUCACCUAUUCCUCAA